AUGGCAUCAGCAGGUGUAUCUGCAAGAGGACCGGAAAUGUCUGCAGACUUCUCAAAGUCUGAGAAUAAGGGACUUCAGAUGGGACAGAAUCUCGGCACUAUAGAAGCUUCAUUCUACAGUGAUUCAAUUCAAGGAAUCAAUAUCGGUGCUGGUGCCUCUGUGUAUAUGGGCGAGAGAAAGACGGUCGAAGACAAGAUUCUCGAGGCUCUGAUUAGCGAUGAUCCCGGUGACAGACGUGAUAUCAGACGAGCAGAUCCUGGGACAUGUGAAUGGGUCUUUGAAAGCGAUAUUUUCUGCGAAUGGGCAGCAGAAGAUCCCUCACCUAUGACACCAUUAUACAUUCAGGGAACUCCAGGAACCGGGAAAAGUGUCUUGCUUUUGUAUAUUCUCAAGGAGCUAGAGAGACGGCUGCGGCUCGGUACCCCUUCGCUCUCAUCACCAGUGGAGGAGAAGAAUCCGCCUCUUGAAUCGCUCGGAAUCCCUGGGAAGACCAUUGCUGUUGCCUGUUUCUGCGACGAUAAAGUAAAGUCAAGACAAACUCCGAUUGGGAUAUUGAGGACUCUACUAUCCAAACUGCUGCAGCAAAAUCGCAACUUGAUCAAAUAUGUGAAGAAGCACUUGCAAAAUUACGGCGACCUCGAAACAGCAGAAUUUGACCCAGACGAAUUCCAGUCAAUUGACGUACUUCAGAAAAUCUUUGAAGAGAUCGUUCAAGACCCGGAGUUAGAAGUUCUGUACUUUCUUAUCGACGGCUUGGACCAAUGUGGGCCACAUUUACCCGCGGUUGUACGGUGGAUCAACGAUUUUACCACAAAUAUCAAUAUCAAGGCAAAGGCGAAUGAAUCCCAAUUCAGCUUCCGUUGCAUUAUUUCAGAUCGGGGUAGCAAGCUCGUUCGGGAGAAGAUGCUUCCAAAAUACACAAUUGAUCUGUCAACAAAAAAUGAACCUGACAUCAACAAAGUCAUCGAUAGUCGGAUGAAAAGCAUUCAAGAAUAUAGACAGUUUUCGGAGAGUAUCCAAUCAUUUACCUCAGCUUUGUUAAUGAAGAACUGCAGAGGUAUGUUCAUGUGGCUAUCGCUGGCCCUCGAUGACCUCGGAACCUGGGAGGGGUCCUGGACACAGACGAAGGUCGAAGAAAGACUACAUAGUAUUCCAUCAGAUGUGGAGGCAUUUUACAAAACAUUGUUGGAACGCCAACCGCGUGACUCUGUGAGCACAUUGCAAGAGUUACUUAUGUGGGUCUAUUUCGCAUGCAAGCCAGUGACACUGGAGGAGUUGGAUAUUAUCUUGAAUAUUAAGGAGGGAAAAGAACAGAACGGAAAAGCAAGUUCUCAUGAAGAUAUCGAUGCUUUGAAAGGCAAUAUCGAAAACAGUUGGGGUGCCUUGUUUGCGAUUCAUGAUGGAGCAGUUCACUUUGCUCAUCAAUCGGUGAAGGACUUCCUUUCAAAUGUAUUCACUGCGGAGGGUCAAAUGGAAUACCCUCGAUACGGACUGAGCAUGCAGGAAGCACAUAGAAACAUGGCAUCCACCUGUUUAAGCUAUCUACGGAUUGGUGAGAUUCAAAGCCGAGAAGUCCCCAAGCCUCCGAUUAAUUCAGAUGGUUUGAUCGAGAAAGGUCAGCUUAUGGCGGUAAGAAAGGAAUAUCUCGAAGGCUAUAAUUUCCUGCAAUAUUGUGUCGAAUUUGUGGGACAUCAUCUCCGAGAGUGUCAAAUUGAAGAGGAAACGGAUGUGAAGGGAAUGAGAGAGUUCUUUGCUGCCGAGUCACCGGCCUUGUUAACCUGGGUGAGAUCUUACGAUCUUCUGAAACGCUGGACAGCUGGAAAGUACUCAGGAUUCUCUACUAGUACGAGUUUGCUGUUUGUAUCUGCCCGGCUAAAUCUCCCAUGGCUAGCAAACCGGGCUACAUCGUGGAGUACAUCUAUUUCAUCACUACCGUCGGCUAUAUGUGCCCCAGAUACUUCUGGGUGGAGCGCUAUCCAUAUUGCUGCAGACUCAGAGGCCGUGGAAAUGGUAGCCUGGCUUCUGAAAAACGGUGCACUCGUGGACGUAGAAACCAUGGGACUAAAUCACCCUGGUCGCACUGCCCUUCAUUUUGCUGCUUCCAAACGAUCCGAUGCUGGACCUCGAAUGGUGAAAAUAUUGCUUGACGCGGGUGCAAAAGCAAGCGCAAAAACGCGACAGGGUGGGAACACUCCACUUCAUUAUGCCAUUGAAAGCCACUUGGUGGAGACAGUGAAGAUUUUGUUGGAAAGUGACGUCGAUAUAAACAUCACAAAUGGCUCUGGAGUCACAGCACUUCAUAAGGCAUCUGCGACUCCAGGACUCGAGGGAGUCGUGGAAGCUCUAUUGAAGGCUGGCGCAGAACCUAAUAAAAAGACCAGUGUGGGCUCAGUAUCCGCAGUUAGGGGGCUGGUCAGUUUGAAGACUUCCCGAGAUCUGAUGCAGACAUACUAUGCCGUGAACAACUCCCAGACAGCACUGCAUAUCGCAGCAAAGGCCAAGGAUACAGAAAAGACAAUAAAAACUCUGCUCGAUAAUGGGGGCGAUCCAAACGCGAAGGACAGUUCAGGAAGAACCCCCCUACAUGUGGCUGUGGUCAGCAUGGACUCCGAAGUUGUUUCAAAGAUGUUAAUUACCGCUGGUGCGGAUGUGAAUGCUCGGGAUAUGGAUGGCAAGACACCUCUUCUGGUAUUUUUGACUGCUGUUGUGCUGCAAAGGGAGCACCAGCCGCAGAUGAGCACCGAGUAUGAUAUACAAGCGUCCCAGGAGCGACUGAUCAGCCUUUUACUGUCCGCAGGGGCAGAUCCGACCGCGGAAGCAAAGGAGAGUGGAUCACCUCUGAGUUAUGCUCUGCAAAAGAAUCUAAAAUGGGCAGUUGAUAGACUCAUGGAGACCCAUGAAGAGGAAGGAAAGUCGGAUGAAAACCGUACUCUGAGCCGGCCUUCGCUAUCGCCAAUUACCGCCGAGCCGGAGUCCCCUAAGAAGAGCUUUCUGGAGACAAAGGCAUCAAAGUGGCUCCCAAAGAGAUCAUUUCGAUAA